AUGUUACUAUUUUAUUUGAAAAUCAAUAAACAAAUUCUCCGAGCUAACAACCACCGCCUCGCAACCUCCAACCACCACGCGCCACCGCCGCUCCUCCACUACUGAAGCAUAACGCAAAAGGUGUGAGAACACUCAUAAACUUCACUUCCAAGUCAAGCCUUCCUUUUUUCUUCUCCAUUUCCCAUUACAGUCGCUUUCACUCAAUUUCCACUUCAGCAUUAGUCAAGUCUCCUCGCCGCUUCGUCGCGAUUGCUGGUUAUACAUAAAUAUGUGCAGAAGUGAUUAGGUGGUAGAAGAGAACCUGCCCAGGGUAGAGGAAAGAUGGGGAGAUCUGUCAGGAUGAUUUGGUUACCGAUAUUGUUAUUGCUCUUGUUGGAGAGUGGGAUGGCUUCCGACUACCUAAUGGGGCUAGGAAGCUAUGACAUCACCGGACCGGCUGCUGAUGUCAACAUGAUGGGGUAUGCGAACACGGAUCAGGUGACAUCGGGUGUCCACUUCAGGUUGCGAGCUCGGGCCUUCAUUGUUGCAGAGCCACAAGGGAAACGAGUUCUGUUUGUGAAUCUAGAUGCUUGUAUGGCCUCACAACUGGUGACUAUUAAAGUUCUUGAGAGAUUGAAAGCAAGGUAUGGAGAUCUUUACACAGGAAAGAAUGUUGCCAUUAGUGGCAUUCACACCCACUCUGGCCCAGGAGGUUAUCUCCAGUACAUAGUGUACAUCGUAACAUCUCUUGGUUUUGUGCGCCAGUCAUUUGAUGCCCUUGUUGAUGGCAUUGAGCAGACCAUCAUACAAGCUCAUGAUAAUAUUAGACCUGGAUCAGUAUAUGUGAAUAAAGGGGAACUUUUAGAUGCUGGUAUAAAUAGAAGUCCAAGUGCUUACCUUAAUAAUCCAGCUGCAGAACGCAAUAAAUAUAAGUAUGAUGUUGAUAAAGAGAUGACCCUCUUGAAGUUUGUUGAUAAUGAAUGGGGACCAGUUGGCAGCUUCAACUGGUUUGCAACCCAUGGAACUUCUAUGGGCCGUACAAAUUCAUUGAUUAGUGGGGACAAUAAAGGAGCUGCAGCACGAUUUAUGGAAGACUGGUUUGAUCAGAACAACAGUGGAAGCACAUCAUCCGACGUAUCCGAGCCUAACAGAAUCCCCAGAAGAGUCUCAAACAUUAUUCGAAUUGCUAACGACAAUCAUCAUGAAUUACUAGAACUUGCUGCUUCUUUUGAGUCUUUGCCGGGUAAAUCAACCACCAGGUUUUUGAGCCUUGCAAGACGUGUGCGGAGUGUUCUGAGGCAGGCUGAUAGGCCUAAAUUUGUAUCUGCAUUUUGUCAGACCAACUGUGGAGAUGUUAGUCCGAAUGUGCUCGGUGCAUUCUGUAUUGACACAGGGGUACCUUGUGAUUUCAACCAAAGUACAUGUGGUGGAAAGAAUGAGUUAUGCUAUGGUCGAGGACCUGGGUAUCCAGAUGAAUUUGAAAGUAAUCGAAUUAUUGGACAAAGACAAUUCAAGAAAGCAGUCGAGCUAUUCAGUGCAGCAUCAGAAAAAUUAAAUGGGAAGAUUGAUUAUAUCCAUACUUAUGUUGAUUUCUCUAAUAUCGAAGUCACAAUUCCAAAAGAAGGUGGAGGUACCACCACUGUCAAAACAUGCCCUGCUGCUAUGGGGUUUGCGUUUGCUGCUGGUACAACUGAUGGGCCAGGGGCUUUUGAUUUUAAGCAAGGCGAUAACCAGGGUAAUGCAUUUUGGAAACUUGUCCGCAACGUGCUCAAAACUCCUACCAAGGAACAAGUGGAUUGUCAGCAGCCAAAGCCCAUUUUACUGGAUACUGGCGAAAUGAAACAACCUUAUGACUGGGCGCCUUCAAUACUUCCAGUUCAGAUUCUGAGGAUCGGGCAGAUGAUCAUUCUUAGUGUGCCCGGGGAGUUCACUACAAUGGCCGGAAGACGCCUUCGAGAUGCUGUGAAAAAAGUUCUCACUAGCGGAAGUAGCAAAGAGUUCGGCACCAAUGUGCACGUAGUGAUAGCUGGCUUGACAAAUACAUAUUCUCAAUACGUCACCACAUAUGAGGAGUACCAGAUGCAAAGAUAUGAGGGUGCGUCGACGUUGUACGGCCCUCACACCCUCAGCGCCUACAUCCAAGUAUUCCAAAAGCUUGCCACAUCCCUCGUCACUGGAAAGCCAGUUGAGCCGGGCCCACAGCCCCCGGAUCUGCUCGACAAGCAGAUAAGCCUGCUCACACCAGUUGUGAUGGAUGCAACUCCAAUCGGCAAACAGUUUGGGGACGUGAGCGCGGACGUACCCAAAAACGCAGCCUUCAAAAGAGGCGACAAUGUGACAGUCGCUUUCUGGUCCGCGUGCCCCAGGAACGAUCUCCUGACCGAAGGGACGUUCGCGCUAGUAGAGAUCCUCAGGGGGAAGGACAUGUGGGAGCCCGCCUACGAUGACGACGACCUCUGUCUCCGGUUCAUAUGGUCGAGGCCUUCGAAGCUCAGCGCUCAAAGCCACGCAACCAUACAGUGGAUUGUGCCGCAAACAGCUGCUGCAGGUGUGUACAGAAUUAGGCAUUUUGGUGCUUCGAAGAAUCUGCUGGGAACUAUCAAGCAUUUCACGGGUACUUCUAGUGCCUUUGUGGUGGCUUGAUGACCAGUGUCGGAUCCAAGUGGGGUCGAGGGUCGAAUGACCUCACAGACGAAAGCUCCAUUAAAUUUGGCUUUAAGAGCUCUGCCCACUAACCGGCUCAAACCUUUCGGGGUUGGGGUUUACUUUCGUUUUUCGUCCGCCAUUAAUUGUCAGCGACGGCUACUUCACCUCUUAUCUCUUCCGACACUCGCAAUCACCUUGCUGAAUCAGACCGCAUGGGUUUUGUCCAUUGAUGAUGCUUCUUUCAUUUGUCAUUUGUAUCAACCAUUUUAUGCUAAGUAAAGAACUCUAUGUUUUUUAA